AUGAAACUCGGUUUUACGGGUCUGUUCUUGUCGGCCUGGGCGGUGGAAGAAGACUGUUUGAAGCUUCCAGUUCGGUUGUGGCUGCAUCAAGACGCCACGAACUCCUACAAGAAUCUUGUAAGUGACCCGCAGACGUAUGUGCAGAAGUUGCUGGACGCUUUGAAUGAGAAGUUGGACGAUUUUGAUUUUGGCGGUUCGUUGUUCCGUGACCGAAAGUGCGAGGACGCGGGCGGGUGUUUCAACCAAGGCGUGACGUUCGGUGGUUCGUACACCAGUAAAGUGUCUGAGUUUGCGGAAAUCAUGAAUGGGCAAACCUUCGGCGGGGGUGGCGACGCGCCUGAGGACUCCUUAUCUGCGAUUCCGUACAUUGGCAAGCAGCACUUCGACAGUUUGGAGGGGGAACAAAUCCGCUUCUUUGUUAUUAUCACUGACGAUCGGGGCAAAUACCACGACCAGCCGCUUGGGGACGGCCAGAACUUCGCCUUAGAGUCGCAUACUGCAAAAGAAAACCCGAACCCAGAGGAGAGUGUGAACUGCGAAAUAGAUGUGUGGUACCCGACGAUUGACCAGUUGAAGGCGGCCAUUUCCAAGUACAAACUAGUUCCUAUUACCCUCGCCGCCGGCGAACCCGAUUGGUGGCGAACCUUGUACUCGGAACAGCUCGGCCUCUCGCAGACCGACGGAGAGUUCGGCGUCUACCCAGUGGAGAACAGCGUCGACUCCAUUGCCCAGGCCGUCCUCGACAGCAUUAACGCCGUCAGCUGCAUCGUAGUCAGCACCUCCACCACAGCCGGUCCCACGCCUACCACCGAAACGACUACGACUGCUACCACUGGUACGACUGGCGAUACCACUGGCGGCACAACUGGCAGCACCAAUGGCGGCACAACUGGCAGCACAACUGGCGGUACAACUGGCGGCACAACUGACGGCACCACUGCAACUACUGACGGCACCACUGGUGCCGAGGAUCACAAGAAGAAGAAUGUUGUCAUUGCCGCAUCCGCCGCAGCGGGAGGAGUAGCAGCCUUGGCUGCCCUGGGGAGCGCGUACCGCCUUCGAGGCGGUCCGCCCGAACUCGACGUGGAGGAGGAGGCGGCCGCGGGCGAGGAGGCCGAAGACGGCCAGAGAGAAUCCAUCAUCGCGAUGGAGGAAGAGGAGUACAUUUGA